CAGUAAAAUGCAGAGGAAUAAAUUCAACAUAAACGGAAAGUUUUACUUUAUUGCCUUGUGGACUAUUCUCAUCUGAUACGUGACUGUUUACUCGUAAGAGAAAUAUUAACGUUGGAUUGUUUUCCUCCCCCUCUGCUGCUCCAUAGUGUGGGAUCCUCCGUCCUUCUCGCGUUAGCGCCUUUCUGCUGCUGCAGUAUGAACGGACACUCAGGCGGACUGAUCUAGUACACGCGUAUUUCGGUUAAAAUGUUUUCCGCUGGUUUGGGAUUUUGGGAACGACUUCAAGACGGACACGUGGAAUAAUAAAUAAUGUAAUUGAUUUAAAAUUAGUUCCGGGAAAGUGAAGAAGCAAAGCGUGUCCUAGUUUAUUAUAGGAUCCAUGAAAUAAAGGUCAGUGAAAAACCAGAGCGAGGAAGACUCUUUUUGCUGACUCAGUUUAAGCCAGUUGAUUAUUUUGGCAUUUACGCCAGGCUUAGAUUAGAUUAGAUAUUUGACUUUCUAACAACAGCUAUCAAUGGGGGAGAGAAAGGUGGCUUGUUUUUUUGACCUGGGAGCCAGAUAUGGAAAGACUGUGGGGUAGAUCUACUCAACUGUGACCGGUUAAACGAAAGUUAAGGGACAUUUACCAGUAAGAAGACCCAAUAGUUUUCCAUUUUGGAGGUCCAGCGUGACUUAUUUAAAACGGAGUUCUCCUUUGCAAGCUGGCAGACAGUGAAAGAUCAGUUGGCCUUAAAAGGAGAUGUCUGCAACUUUUGGCUAUAUUGUUUAGGCAGCGGCACUGCAGGGAUUUAUUGCCAACAUUUUUGAUUUUCAAAUUGUGCACCGGCUUUGCCAGAGGUUGUAACGGAAAUGUCACGGAAGUGGAAUUAAAGUGAUCGGUUUACUCCAGGGAAAGCACACAUACUUGUGAAUGUAGAGACGGAGCAAGGCGAAAAUAACCUAUGGCGGAAGUUGAAUCGCAAACUGAGAGACUCUGAGUAAGCUGGACUGUGCCUGUCCCAUAAUCUCCGCUAGUCGGGUCAAGGGACCAUGGGAGAUGGAGGUGUCAAUGCGGUGGGAGAAGGGGUGAAUCAGUCCCACGUGCUCUUUGACCACUUUGUCCAGGCCACCACCUGCAAAGGCACUCUCAAGGCUUUUCAAGAGCUUUGUGACUUCCUGGAACUCAAGCCCAAUGAAUACCGUGUGUUCUACCACAAACUCAAGUCCAAGCUCAACUACUGGAAAGCCAAAGCUCUCUGGGCCAAGUUAGACAAGCGCGCCAGCCACAAAGAAUACAAAAAAGGAAGGGCCUGUGCCAACACCAAGUGUCUGAUCAUUGGAGCUGGACCAUGUGGUUUACGAACAGCCAUAGAGCUGGGCUUCCUUGGAGCCAAGGUGGUUUUGCUGGAGAAGAGGGAUGCAUUCUCCCGAAACAAUGUGCUCCAUCUUUGGCCUUUCACCAUUCAUGAUCUGAGGGGUCUUGGAGCCAAGAAGUUCUACGGCAAGUUUUGUGCUGGAGCCAUCGACCAUAUCAGUAUUCGCCAGUUGCAGCUGAUGCUUUUGAAGGUAGCUCUUCUCCUUGGCAUCGAGAUUCACGUCAACGUGGAGUUCAAAGGCCUCAUUGAGCCACCAGAAGACCAAGAGAAUGAGAGAAUUGGGUGGCGAGCCGAGGUCCACCCCAAAACACAUCCAGUCAAUGAGCUAGAGUUUGAUGUCAUAAUUGGGGCAGAUGGGAGGAGAAAUACACUGUCAGGUUUUAAGAGGAAGGAGUUCAGGGGCAAACUGGCUAUCGCUAUCACAGCUAACUUCAUUAACCGCAACACGACUGCAGAAGCGAAGGUGGAGGAGAUCAGUGGAGUAGCCUUCAUCUUCAACCAGAAGUUUUUCCAGGACCUUAGAGAAGCCACAGGAAUUGACCUGGAAAACAUUGUCUAUUAUAAGGAUGACACGCACUACUUUGUAAUGACUGCCAAAAAGCAGAGCCUGCUGGAGAAGGGCGUCAUUCUACAUGUGAGUGAUCAAAGAAUUUGA